GCUGUCAUUCAUGUUGUAUGUACGUUUCCAUGCUUGUACUCGCUGAUGGCUGGUUCUUCACGAAGAGGAGGAGCUUCGGUGAGAUGUAGAGGUUGGAAUCUGUGUCCGAUUUUUGCAGAUAUUUGAGGAAAAAAAUAUGGCAUCCAUGUUUUACGGUUCUGCAAGAAGGAGUAUUCGGUAUCAGAACUUCAGCCGUUAUGUCAGCUGCAGUCGACUUCGACAAGUACAGAGCAUUCUCAACCCGAGCAACAGACUGAGACCUGAUGGAAUUCUUUGCAUUCUCGGAAUUGACAGUCGGUAUAAUGAAGGCUGCAGGGAGCUGGCUAAUUACCUGCUGUUUGACUUGUACAACCAGAAAAACAGUGAAUUUGACAGAGCAGAAUAUCCUGAAGAAGUACUAGAUGAUGUUAUUCUUCUAAUAAAACCGAACAGUGUCCAUCUGUACUGCAACCCCAUAAACUACAACUAUCUUUUACGUUAUGUGGCACAUUGGAGAAACUUGCAUUUUCAUUGUAUGACUGAAAGUGAGUAUGAAGAUGAGGAAGCUGCAGAAGAGUUUAAAGUUUCUAGCUUUGUAGAUAUGGUACGGGACUGCAACCGAAUUGGAAUUCCCUAUUGCUCCCAAGGUCACCUGCAAAAAUUUGAUAUGUUCAUUGUAGAAAAGUGGCCAAUAGUGCAGGCCUUUGCACUGGAAGGAAUUGGAGGAGGAGGAUUUUUUACCAUGAAACACGAGUUGUCUGAUGUAAGUGAUGAGCUAUGGAAGAUCUACAGCAGAAUGGACCCAGUUUCUUUUGAGAGUCUGGUAAUGGAAGAUUUGGUGAUAUUUGAGAGACAGUGGAACUGUUUUUUUGCCAACUUUGACACCGAAAGCUCUUCCUUCAUAUCUGAAUUGUCCGAAGCACAAGCAGGAGAGCCAUUUCGAAGUUAUUUUAGUCAUGGAAUGAUUUCAAGCAACAUUACAGAUAAAAGUCCUAGCAGACAGCCUUUUGUUCUGUUUGGUAGUCAUUCUUCAAGAGAAAAUUUGAACACAAACAGCUUCAGUUUCCCAUCAGAAGGACAUUUAGUGAGAAACACCGGCCUUGGAGGAAGUCUUGCUAAACACAUGGUUGCACAGUGUGUUUCUCCUAAAGGACCUUUGGCUUGUUCAAGGACAUACUUUUUCGGAACCACUCACGUGCCAUAUCAAGGAAAUGACAAUGAACAGCUCCAAAGAAAUAUUCAAAUAAUUUUACCACAGAUUUAUGCAGCUGCAGUGGAGGCAGUAAUGGCAGGUAUUCAGUGCUUCACAAGGACAUCCAGUGCAGUAAAGGCAAAAGAAUCUGCAGAAGUGAUGUUUUUUUCUUUACUGGAUUAUUACAGUUUGAGUCAGUACAAAACUGUUUUACGCUCAAAAGCAGCCUUCCAUAUUUCUGCAGUCGAUAUGCAAGGGCGAAUUGUUCCUUUAGAUGGUGAUAACAGCACACGCUUAAUAAAAACAGCCUGCAUGACUGUCUCUGAUAUCCCUGAUUUGCAUGAGGCAAAUGGAUCCCUGGGCUCCAUAGUCUUCUCUGAAUCCUUCAUAGAAUCACAGAUAUUUAUAAGAGAGCGAGAUGGUGGCAUUUUUACAGACAGUACAUAUGUUACUCUGACUGCAGCUAUACCUCGUUAUGUGUCUUGGGUGGUGGAUGAAAAUGAAAUUAAAAUGUUUGAAGAGGUUCAACAGAUAACAAAGGAAGAAGAGACAUUCCUUGGUACCCCUCUUACAGAUGGAGAGGCAGCAUAUGUUUACUGCAACAGUUUAUUGGCCAUGCCUGAAGAAGGUAAACUGCACUUUUUUACAGAAGGAGUUUUAUUUUGUAAUCCUCAUUAUGGGAGUUUCACAGUUCCCAGGAACCACAUUAAAUCUCUCAAACUUUACGAUGGGGAUUCACUGAGUAUUGUUGCUGCUAUUAUCAUUGAGUAUCAGAGCUCACUUCUCCUGCAUCUACCUGUCCAGCUCCGUUCUCAGUCGAAAUGUUUGAUGUUUGCACUUAUGCCAAAAACAAAAAGUUACAAGACCUUUUUCUCACAGGUAUUGUCUCCAUGGCAACAAAUGGGGGAUUGCGGAAUCACUCUGAAGAUAAUCCAGAAGGAUCAGCUUUCUGAAGAACAACAACGACUACAUUCCAGUGUACAAAAAAUGUUUGAAACACUUUCAGAGCCUUGUAGUGAAAGAUGGAACUGGAUUAGAAAUGCAUCUUCUAGUUUACCGGGAUUAGACAGUUUCUUGCAGCAUUUUUCAAUUAGCAGUGUAAGUCAGGAGCCAGUGAAAAGAGAACAUCUUCCUGUACUGUUACAGCAUCCUGAGAUUCCCAUUACUGCUAUUGAGGAAUCAAACAAGGUGAUUAUCACUGUUAUCACUGGCCUACCUGGAAGUCAUAAAGAUGAUCUCUGUACAUUUAUUGUUACCCUGCUCAAAGAACAUGGCAGGUGGGCAGUAUAUCAGCAGCCAUUGGACAACUCUGACCGUUUUAGCCCAACACUGUUUCAGUGUUAUUUGUCUUCUGUGCUAGAGGCCCAACAGAAUCGCAGUGCUCGACAAACAGCAUAUAUGAGAAGGAAAAUGAAACUUUUGGUGGUUACAACUGGAUACAUGGAUGUCAUUGACAUUGUUCAGGCACUCCAGAAUCAUCCUGAUCCUGACGUGAAGUCUUCUUUUAGUAUUGGUUCCAUUACUGCAUGUGUAAAUCCUUUGUGUUGCUACAUGGAGCACAGGUUUCUUUUCCCUAAAUUCUUGGAUCAGUGUUCACAAGGAUUGGUGAGCACUGUAGUUUUUACAACUUUGACAUCUGAGCAGAAACACUCAUUGCUGGUUCAACUGCAGAGUCUUAUUCGAGCAGCAAAUCCAGACAUUGCUUUUGUUUUGGCAGAAAGGGGAAUUGUUACCAGGAAUGAAGAUGUUGACCUUAUUCUGUCAGAAAGGCAGUUUACUGAUCCACAAUUAUUGAGGGCAAGGUACCUGAUGUUUCCAGGAUGGUGUGAUGGCAAAUUUAAAACAGGACCUGUUUUCCCACCAAUGAUGCAUAUCUGUCUCAGAUUUGUCCAUCCUUUAGAAAAAACACAGUUUAUGUCAGAAUGCAAAGCUCUGAAGUCAGCAUUGAGGCAAAGUCCCUUUACAGGAAACAUAUACCACAUUUUUGGAAGAAUUAAAUUUUCAGAUUCUGAGAAGAUUAUCAGCAUCUGUCACAACAGUUUAACCAGUACACUAAGUUUAACCCCAGUGCAGGAGGGACCAGUUCCUCCUGCUGCCGUGAAUAGCAGUUUGCAUCAGGAUUGUUUUCUGGUAUUCAUUGGCUGUUCCCUCGAGGAAGAAGGAGUCAAAGAUUGGCUCAGGCUGUGCACAAAACAGAAACCUCCCAGAAAAGCUUUGAAAACAAAAGAGAUGCUUACACUACAGGAGAUAAAGAAAGUACAUGUGAAGCGUCAUUUGGACCCCCUUCCCCCUGGUUACUUUUACAAUGGAACUCAGUUUGUUAAUUUCCUUGGAGAAAAAAAUGAUUAUCAUCCACUGAUGGAUCAGUUCAUAAAUGAAUAUGUCGAAGAGUGCAACAAGGAAAUUGAAAAAUACAACAAAGAACUAGAAGGACAAAACUACUCUGACCUGUUUGCAAUGUAAAAUUGGCUAGCAGUUUUGGGAGGGGUGACUGCUGUACAUGCAUUAUUCUACAACUGAGUGUCAGCAUGGGGAUGAUUACUUGCAUAGGUGCAGUGUUCUUGAAGUUAUUUUUGUCACUGGACAAGAGGUUGUUUUCUUGUUCAGAUCACUUGUCUUCAAUUUUUUUUUCUCAGAAUUCAGAGACUCCACUGGUCAGCUGUUAUUUCAUAACUGCAUUGCUGAGGCAAUAUUCUCCUUUUGUAUAUUUAGGAGGAAUUUCUGUGGGCUUGUUUCUGACUUUACUGCAGUGGUAAAAUAAGUUCCAUUUCUUCUUUUCAUUAUGUCACUUUUAGUUUUUGUCAAGAGUGCUUGUGGCAAUGUGAUAUUUUAAAAUGUUUCCAAAAGUGCAGAGGAGAGCAUGAUAAACCUGAACUUUUUGCUCACUACUGCAUUAACAGCAUUUUGAUUGUAGCACAACAUAUUGAAAGUUGAGCUCAGUGAUGUGUUUGUUGACUGAGUGAAAAUUAAGGAACAAAAGGCCUGUAGAUGUACAGAUGUGGCACUGUAGAGAGACUGUUCAAGUACUGAGGGAAACCAGCACCCUCUCCUACUAAGGUGUGGUGUAUGCUGAUGUGCAAGAAAACUUGUCAUCUGUUUUAGUAGUUGCUUUAAGCUGCUGUUGUAGUUCAAAAUGCUUGAAAUAUGUUCUCUACAUUCUCAUUUCAAUUUAAAAUGUGCCUCUACUAUCAUAAGCAAACAGUUGUUUUACUUGUUUGUUUUGUCAGAGAGAGAUCAUUGCACUGGUUAGAAUAUACUUCUAGAAGUGAUCUUUAACAGUUGAGUAUUGCAUCUGACUGGGAUCAUUUUCAUUUACAUUAGUACAGCACGGAAAAGCAAUGGCAGUGCCAUGAGAAAUACCCUCAUCUUCAUUUGUGUACGGUGACAAGAUAACCAUACUUGGCUAUCCUAUCUUGAAAUCAAACCGUAUUUGGUUUGUUUCUUAAAAUAUGUAUUGGUGAACAGUUAAGGUCACUGCCAUUUCACAGUAAAUAAUGCUUGUCUGCAAGCCAUCCUGAUAUUUUUCACUUUAUAUACAGCUCUCCUGCCAUUAAAAAGUGUUCCAACAGCAAACAUGAAUGCAUCAUUCAGCUCUGCAGUUUGUGCAUUGCUGAAAUAUGUGGUCUGUCCAACCAGGAAGGAAAUUGCUAACUUCCUAAUUUUGCUGAAGCAAUUUUUAUAUGUCUCUUGAGAAUUUCCAAUCCACAUACAGCUUUAGCAAACAUUUCUUAAAAUAUGGUAAUGGUUCUAGAAUUAAAAUGGUAGGCUGGAGUUUUUUGAUGAUCUAAAAUAUAGCCUAAUAGCCAGAUUUGAGUCACGGAGCUAGAAACUAGCUGCUCAUUUAUCAGCUAAGAACAUUAUUUCCAAUUAUGACUUGCUGUUUACUUCAGCAGUUACACUGCAAAACCAAGGGAAUGAAUUUGAUCAAGUUUUUUUUUCAGUCUUAUUCCUUUUCCAAGGAUGCCUUGGUUUUAAUGUGUAAGAUGAUUAUACGAAGGGCUCCUCAUUAAUAGUACUGUCAAGCAAGUGUAAAGAAAUGUUUUGUUUAGUGAUAUAAGCUUUUAUAAAGCCAGAUAAGCUAGAUUAUCUCUAGUUCUUGUUCAUAUGUUGCUCAUAAGGAUCAACAUUUAAAUGCACCGUUGCCCUGUAAUCAUAGUAGCUGUUGUGGUCAAGUUACUUAAUCAUAUUACUUUAGCUGUGUUACACACUGAUACACAAAACUGAAACUCUGGCAACUGUACUUAUCGGACAGGGCACUAGAUGUCAGCAGUGUAUGAAUAGCAGCAAUGCAGAGAACAUUAAUGCUGGGUCAGCCGUUCUGCUUUGGUCAUUUUUCCUGUUUGGUGAAUUAAUUCUACUCUUUAUACUUAGUGUCUGUCCAGGCUUGUCUCUGAAUUAUUAUGUGCAUAAUGAAUGACACCAUAAGUAUACUAUCUAAAAACAGAAACUUAACUUAAGGAUGUAUGUUCUUUCUGACAAACCCUGACUGCACAGUUUACAUAUUCAUGGACUGAGGAGUAUCUGCAACCACUGUUAAAAAUGUUAGCAGUAAGCAACUGGUGCUGGGUAUAUAAAUGAGUUACUUAAAGGUCAUUCAUAAUGUCAGGUUAUUUACAGAGUACAGAUUUUGUGUUGAAACUGUGUCAAGAUUAAUGCCAUUUGUAGCUGUGUAGAGCUGAAGUACUCUGUACUCAUCACUGUUUAGAUGCAAAAGAAAAUGUAACAGUGCUAAGCACUGCGCUGCUGACCCGAUUUGCAUUUCAUCUGUAUUCUCUACUAGGGAUGUGGUUGCUUUUACAAGAUUUUGAAUGGCUAACAAAAUGAAAUGACUGCAAACCAGUUCUGGUAUGACUUUAACCCCCCAAACUUCCAUUAUAUGUAAAACAUUUGUGUUUUAGAAGAAUAAGUGUUUUGAAUCUCAUUAUGAUAACAUCAUAGCUGAUAGCUGUUAUUUUCCAAGUUAGGUUGCUUUGUGCCCCCAAAACUUUGUAAGACUAACACAGUAAUCAUCAUACAAACUGCAUGCGUGUGGUAGACAUUGUCAUGCUAACUUGUUACUUCCAAAAUACUUCAAGAUGACACACCUAAGUGAUGAUCUAUGCCUCUUUAAGGUGGGGGUUGGGUUUUAAGCAGAAUACACAUUUCUGAAUCGUUGUCCUUCAUGUGCAAGAAACUGUCUUCUGAAGCUAAAAGUGAGCAUCAAGUACUAUAAAUGUAGGCAGGUAUUCUAUGUGUAGGGCAGUAGGUAUCUAAUACAGGAUAAUGUUUAUUACAGGUAUAUAAUCUUGCUGAGGCUUUACAUGUGAACCGUCUAUGCAUGAUAAAACUUGUAUUAUAAAGAUAGUGCCUGUAUGUUAAACUUAGCUAGUCAGCACAGUAAUAAGGGACUAUCAGUGUUCUAAAACACUAUGUAAAUUGGAUUAGACUUUGGAACAGCUUAGAAAAGCUGCGGGCAGAGUAAUAAAAUUCUUGGAAGAAAAGUGCUGAUAUUUGUUUCUAGAAAACUGGAAGUGUGAACUUGAUGCUAAGUCAGAAGUGCGUACUUCAGCUUUUAAAAGAAUAGAAAUGAUACACUGCUGGUCCCUUUUUUUCAAAGCUAGACAAUGCAUUUUAAAAGCCAUAUAGCUUAGAACAGUAGUGUUUAUAACGCUGUAACCUCAAACAAGUACAUACACAUUGGGGCAGCAGCUGAGAUAACUCUUGCUUCAGUCUGAAAACUGUAGCUGUUAAUUUUCUAAGUGCAAUUUACUAAGUCAGUAAUUAAAUUUGAUUCAUACUCUGCACACUCUUUAAGGCCUGCUCUGAUCUGUGAAGUAUUUUUAAAAAAAAAAUGAACCCUUUUUCUCAAAUUCUGUAGUAAGUGGCUAUUUUUAGGAGCUGCAAUUUGUAAAUAAGCAGAUCAGAAUUUUUAAACAGUUGUAAAUAUGCAAUUUCAAUUUGCGAUGCACACAUAUCAAUGCAUUGCUUAAAGAGUGAGGCAGAGGAAGCGUUAGUAUAGCACAUGGUACAAAACAUAAACAUAUGUAUUGCAUGAGUGACACUUACUGUAAUGAUAUCUGAUAUAAAUGGCCUUUCACCAUACUGAUAUUAUUUCAAUUUUGUCAGCAGUUCUGUUCUAUUGAAUUCAAUUUGAUUACCUCACUUUUUAAUAUUUUUAACUGUGACUUUUGUAAUACAGACUUUAAAAAAAACUGUGACAGUGCUAUUGUUGCGAAACACAGUAGUGCCUUUUAAAUGGCGCAGAUUAAUGCACUAACCAAAUUGAACAAAUGGAAGACAUUCCAUUUUAUUGCUCUGUCUGCUGUUGUUUUAGGAGCAAUAAAACAGUGUUGGUGAAAGGACUGAAACUAACUGUAUAAUAUGCAGCUUGAUAUAAAGUUAUUUUCUAAACUCUUUGAGGACUGACAUAUUUUGCUGAGGAUUUCACUUGUCUCCAGUGAUUUGAUGCUGCUAAUUAAUUCAUGUUGGGUGCUAGUAAAUUAUAACCUAAAGAUUAAUAAAUUCAGGUUUGGAGAGCAAUACAUUUUCAUACAUGAAAGUCCUCCAGAAUUAAUUUCACUUUCCUUGCAUUUUAAUUGUACUGAGUCAAUGUCCUUACAAGUUUGUAGAGUGACACAUUAAACCAUUUUUUGUCUGAUACUGAAAUCCUCAGAAUAGUAAUGUUUAAAUGUUUACAUACUCCGUCCUAAUAAGCUGGAAAAUCUGCAGGUAGCAAAAUGUGCUGUCAGACUUCUAGACUUUAUUUCCAAUUUUUUUUAUUAAAAUGCUUGAAAUUUUCUAUUACUGAAGUUUGUUUUGCAGAGUCCUCAAGGAGUUUAUAUGCUAGCUGAUCCUAUCAGUAACUGUUUGUGUGAUUCUUACUGGGCGAGUGGACAUAUAGGUUGCUGAAGUUAUAGAACAAAAUGUUGCAAAUUUGUACAGGGAACAGUUGCAGCCUUUACUACCCUGUAAUCUUUCAACAACCCAGGUUUCUAAAGUUAUUAGUAUUGGAUUUAUCAUCGAUACUGUGUAAUCAACACAAAGGCCUAUCACAGCAUAAUUAUUAAACUUACAGGGAGGCAAUUUAAGUUGCACUUAGCAGUGUUCCUAAUUAGCAAGUUGAACAUUUUAUUAUUUUGCACAAAUAAGCUGUGGAAUGCUACAUGGUAUUCUUAAAAGGGGAAUUUGAAUUAGAACAGGAAAUUAAAAACUGUGACUUGAUACAAUUCCGUUUUUGCAUAACUUUUUGAAGAAACGUUACCUCAAAAUGCUGAGACAUUGUUUCUUAAUUUUACAUGAUUUUUCAAAACAGAUACUAAUAUUGAAUUUAGAAACCUGAUUAUUUGGCUUUAAAUUUGUGCCAAAUUCAAUUUUGUACUAAUUUUCAGUGCUUUAAAUUUUGGAUAUUGUUAAAUUAAAGAUAUUUUUUGCACAUACUACUGUAACUUCAGUUAAACUGAUUUGUGACUGAAGCUUAUUUGCUUAUGUUGUUAUAUUUAUUAUUCUACUCAAUUCAGUAAAAUAUAUAAAAUUACUUUUUUCCUGUUUAUUUUUAUAUCACGUUUAUAUCUGUAGUCAUGUGGUGUUUGCACUUUUUACAGUUGUUAUUUUGUUGUAAUGCUGAAAACAAAUAAACU